AGCUGCCACAGCUGGAAGUCAACUUGACGGCUUGCAGGUGGAGUGAUUGAACCCCUGCCCCACCUGCUUGUCACCUGACCUGUCUUUGGAUUGAAGGAGCUCCAGCCAUGCUUUCUGAAGCUCUGCCCUGCUUCCAGCUGCUCCGGAUGGGCCCGGCCUCUUCUGGGGAUUUGCCAAACCGGGAUCUCUACACUUUCAGACCUGCCAAGCCCAGCUGCGUUUAUCGUCUGGGUCGCCGAGAUGAAGUUUGCGAUGUCAUUCUGGUGUCUGACCAGAACCCGGCUUUGAUCUCCCGGGUCCAUGCGGAGAUACACGCAGAACGGGAUGCUGACAGCAUGGCGGGGGAGUGGCGAGUUGGCCUGGUGGACUGCAGCAGUUAUGGCACAUACAUCAAUGCUCUCCGCAUGUCCCACGGCCAGCGGGUAGAUCUGAACGAUGGAGACCUUCUGACUUUCGGCCAUCCCAGCCCGGUGCCCGAGGGUUGCGUGUUGCCACCCCCACACGGCAACUCCGAGUUUUAUUUCCUCUUCCAGAAAGUCCGUGUCCGGCCGCAAGACUUUGCAGCUAUCACCGAACCCAAAGCCCCGUGGGCGUCUUCCUCUGGUUUCCGGCCGGUGUUGCCUUCUGACAACCAUCGCAUCCGUCCCCUAUCCCGUCAUUCGCCCACCUCCCUCUCGUGCCGCCCCAAAGCCACCCUCAUCCUCAGCUCCAUCGGCAGCCUUAGCAAGCUGAAGCCCCAGCCUUUUACUUUCUCUUUGAGUGGGAGCCGAUUAGCGGAUCCUCCCGCCCAGCCGAAACCAUCCCGCAACCGCCGUAAGUCGGCUCACACGGUGCUUCCUGAACUAGAGGAUGAAAUCGCACGCCUGGAAGAGGAACAGCCACCCCCAGAUAAGGAGCAGCGCUUGGGGACUUACCGGUGUUGCCAGAGUAGCAAUUUGAGGCUCCAGCAAAGAAUGCAAGAAGGGAGCACCAACAUCAAGGAAGAUGCAGAACCAAAGCUUCACAUCACGCCAAGUGGGAAGCGACGUGGCCGGCCUCGGAAGAAUCCUCUGGGAAGCGCUGGCCAAGUUUUCUCCCAGACUCUGUCUUCCCCGCAGCCAUGUGCAGCUCCCCGGUGCCGCCUUCCCCAAGACGAGAUAGUGGAGUGGGUCCAGUGCGAUGGCUGCGACGCCUGGUACCACGUAGCCUGUGCGGGCUGCAGUUAUAGUGCGGUGAAAGAGGCAGAUUUUCGGUGCGUUGCCUGCCGUUCCUAA